GUUUUGAAUCAGAAUGCCCAUUUAUUGAAAUCGUGUGGCCUGAUUGUUGGACGAGCUUAUUCCUAAAUAUAUGUUUAACUGACUAUAUAUACGAACUCUGUCAGAAUGAACAAGUCUAGUAAAACCAGUACUUUGAUAACUGGUAGCCAAAGCAGAGGUCGUGACAAACAAACAACGUUUGCUGCUUCAAGAACUACAGUUGCGACUUCAUCAAGUAGACGAAGUGGAGGGGCUUUAGAUAAAGACCAACAAAAAUUACUGACAUCAAAACACCAUGGAGUUGUUGUGUUAGACGAAAUGGGACAUGAUGUAACACCCCAAAGUUUACUGGUAAUUGAUCCCAAUGCAGUAAGACCAAAUCAAAGUAAAAUAUUUGGACAUGGAGGUGCAGAUUCUACCACUGGUACACCAACAGAUCUGAUGUCGCAGGCAUCCAUCUACCAAACUGGUAAUGCAAGUUUUGCUGGACCUUUUACAAGGUCAGUAUUUGGCAGCACAUCUCAGUCUGGUCGCUCUACACCUGAAUCAAUGUCAGAUGAAAUAGCUGAGCCUGGUGACACAGACAUACCAACAGGUUUUGAAGAUAUUCAACACAGAAGAGAAGUUGUAAAAGAAGAAUUAACAGAAGAUGAUUUAGAGAAAUUGGUUGAUAUUACAUUAAGUGAAAGUGACACCAUAUGGUUGCUUGACAUGCCUGCUACUUGUGUGUCUACAGAAAGUGAUGAAGCAGCAUAUGUCAAAGAAAAAAUUGCAAAAUAUAAUGAGUUAGUUAAAAGUAGAGUUGGAAACGAUCGAUAUGCAGAGCGUGGAAUGCAAACAUUUAAUGAAGCUCCAAAGCAAAAAGAAGUGCAGACAACUAGAAUAACACAUGCUGAUGCAGGAUGCAUGGCAACUAACUGGGAUAUGUAUGAUACAUAUGCAGAGAUGAAUCCAGCUGUUCCAACAGAAGAAGAAGAAGAUGACGAUAUUCCUCUCAGUAGACCAACAAGUGGUAAAACACACACGAGUAGUUCUAGUAAUGAGGGGAAAAAAACAAUAGAUUCUCACACUGGUAGGCCAGAAAGUAGAUCAAGUUUGAUGACAGCGUCUAUUGCAUCUGAAAGUACCGUAGCUGGGCUAAUGAGUAAAGAUACAACAUCUGUGUCUGAUAUGGCUACUGUUAUAGAUGAAGCAAUACUUAAGUCUGAUGAGUUGAAACAGGAUUUGUUUAUAAUGGAAAGAGUUGUGACUCAUAACAUUUACCAACCUAAGCAAGCAGCAUUUAGGGAUCUACCAAUUUUAAUAGAUAUUGACAAAGAAGUUGGUGAGGAUGAAGGCACAGGACCUGUCAGUAUAGCUCAGCUUGGUCCUAAUAUUGAUAGACUUUGGGCAUAUUCAUGUAGUAUUACUAAAAGUCGCAAUGUUAGCUGUAUGUCUUGGAAUAAAAUUAACCAAGAUUUGCUUGCUGUUGGAUAUGGACAAUUUGGUUUUACAGAACAGAAGGGUGGUCUUGCAUGUUGUUGGUCUUUGAAAAAUCCUGAGUAUCCUGAGCGGGUAUAUCAUACUGAAGCUGGUGUAACUGCCAUGGAUUUCUCUGCCACAAAUCCGAAUCUUUUAGCUCAUUACUACCACCAUCUUUUACAUUCCAGUGAAAGUAAUGGUAAGCACUCAGCACCAGUGUGGCAGUUGAAAUGGAUAGAAAAAGAGCGUGGAUCAGGAGAUGACAAAGGUGAAGUCUUAGUGUCGAUAUCAACUGAUGGUAGAGUAACACAAUGGUUAAUCAGGAAAGGUUUUGAAUGUUCAGAUCUCAUGAAGUUGAAAAGAAUAUCUGUGAAGCAAGGUAAAAAGGGACAAGAAGCACCCAAGAAAACAGAAGCUUUCAUCUCAAGACAGGCCCCAGGAACAUGUUUUGAUUUUAAUGCUAAGGACUCUAAUAUAUAUUUGGCUGGUACAGAAGAAGGACAUAUUCAUAAGUGCUCCUGUUCCUACAAUGAACAGUACCUGGAUACUUACAUUGGACAUACGGGUCCUGUGUACAAAGUACAAUGGUCACCGUUUUUAACUGAUGUCUUCCUAAGUUGUAGUGCAGAUUGGAGUAUAAGGUUAUGGAGGCAAGAUAGAAUACAACCUAUUGUUAAUUUCUACUCUUCAACUAAAGCUGUUAUGGAUAUAAGUUGGUCACCCAAGUCAGCUACUGUCUUUGGAUGCGUCAAUGAAGGUGCCGUGGAGAUAUGGGAUCUCAAUGUCAGCACUUUAGAUCCUAUUAUAGUGAGUGUACCAGCACCGGGUGUCAAAUACAGCACAUUGAUAUUUGCAUUCAACUCCGAUUGCAUCUUGGUAGGUGAUAGUGAAGGCCAAGUAUCUGUGUUUCAGUUACGCUGCAUGCCGUCCAUUGGUCAGGAUCAGGUGGAAGUAUUGCAGAAAAUCGUAGAACAGAAUACAGAGAACCUUUCAAAUAAAAAUAAAUAGAUUUUUAUCUGUUUGGAUUGGGGUUGGUCCUACCCUUUAAAAGCCUACAAUGAAGUACACAGUUCACAUUACGUGCAAUUUGUAGCACUAGUUAGGGCUGUUAUUUCAGAUCAUGCAUGACUUUGUAGUCGUCUCCUCGUUGUUAACGUUUUCAAUCCCAGGACAUUGAGGAUUAUUAAUUUGUUGACAGGGACUAUGUCAUUUACAAUGACGUGUAAUUUAUGGUUUUAUUUGUGAACUGAUUACAGUCAUUUUAUAUUUUUGUAUGCUGUGAAAAUAUACCCAUAUGGCCAUCAAUGGUAAUGUGCAUUUAUUACCUAGUUUGCAGUAGUAAACCAAGCUACAUGCUUCAUAUACCUUGCGGGUAAUCUAGAAUGUAAAUUGUUCUGCAUAUUCAAUUAUUCGCAUUCAUUACUUGACGCUCAGUUUGUUUUGGCAAGGUUGCUGUCGUUUAUAAAGUAUUUGUACAGGUAGCACAAAUCAAAUUUUGGUAUAUCUGUAUAUUUGUUAUAUAGUCACUAUUUGUAUUUAAAAUACUUCUGAAGGGAGAAUACAUUAAAAACACUUGAAGAGGGGGCACAUUAUAGAACUGCAGAAUUGAUUGGUAAAUAACUA